AUGUUAGCUACGUCAGUUAUGAAGGAUGGUGAAAAUACUCGUCUAGGAAAAACCAACGUCGAAAACUUGCUAUCAGAAUUUAACAUGGAAAUGAAUGCUAAUCGUGUUAUUAUAUGGUUAUUGAUAACGUACAAAGUGUUUUCACAUCGAAUAGUAUUGGUCUUAUUGGCCUGCUUUUCUGGACCAGAAUCGAUCCACGCAAAACAACGUAGCUCCACUGGUUCCACUCCCCAAUCCACAUCUGUCCCGUCUUUAGGUCAUAAUGAUUCUGUAAUAUGUUCCAUGCGCCAAAUCGAAGGAAGUAAUGUUUCCAUCAAGCUUACACUUGGUACCCACUCUUUCAACGCCCUUGGGGCUGCUAGUACACGUAUUGACAACUUGGUUGAUCAUCCGGAAUGCGGACCGUGA